CCACCACCAUCACCAUCUUCUUCUCCGGCGAAAAAAACACCACCACCAUGGGGAAAGGUCGUGCACUUUCCGACGGAGUGAUAAAAAAGAUCAUCCUUUCAUACACCUAUGUCGCAAUCUGGAUCUUCCUCAGCUUCACAGUCAUCGUCUACAACAAAUACAUCCUCGACAAGAAGAUGUAUAAUUGGCCAUACCCAAUAACUCUCACCAUGAUUCACAUGGCUUUUUGCUCUUCCUUAGCUGUGAUUCUCAUCAAAGUCUUCAAAGUCGUCGAGCCAGUUUCGAUGUCACGUGACACUUAUCUCAGAUCCGUCGUACCAAUCGGCGCGUUGUACUCACUCUCUCUCUGGUUAUCAAACUCUGCUUACAUCUACCUCUCUGUUUCCUUCAUUCAAAUGCUCAAAGCUCUAAUGCCUGUAGCUGUUUACUCAAUCGGGGUUUUGUUAAAGAAAGAGACUUUCAAAUCUCAGACUAUGACUAACAUGCUCUCGAUCUCGUUUGGAGUUGCUAUUGCUGCUUAUGGUGAAGCUAAGUUUGAUGGUUGGGGUGUUUUUCUUCAGCUUGGUGCUGUUGCUUUUGAAGCUACAAGGUUGGUUUUGAUUCAGAUCUUGCUUACUUCUAAAGGAAUCAAUCUAAAUCCAAUCACUUCUCUCUAUUACGUUGCUCCUUGUUGUUUGGUUUUCCUCUCUGUUCCUUGGAUCUUUGUGGAGUUCCCAGUUCUUAGAGAUACUUCAAGUUUCCAUUUCGAUUUCGUCAUCUUUGGAACCAAUUCUGUUUGUGCGUUUGCUUUGAAUCUUGCUGUGUUCUUGCUCGUUGGGAAGACCUCUGCUUUGACAAUGAAUGUGGCCGGUGUGGUUAAAGAUUGGCUCUUGAUUGCAUUCUCGUGGUCGGUGAUUAAGGACACGGCGUUGAAGGCUAAAGAUGCACAGAAGAAGGUUCAGGCAAGUGAUGAGGAAGCUGGGAAGCUUUUGGGAGAGAGGGAAAAUUUUUGUAUAGGAGAAUUGCAUCACGCUGGUCGCUGGUUCUGCCGUCUGCGACUCUGCUCCGGGUUUUCUUCUAAAAGAAGACUCUCCAAUGGCUUCCACUUCGUUUCUCGUUCUUAUUCCACCUCUGAUCCUCCCAAACCAUCAGGUCCACUGACGAGUUACAGUAAGUUAGUGGAGCAAGGGAGGUUACAGCAUGAUCCAUACCAAGAGAAAGUUGUUUCAGCAUUUGAAAAUUUGUUUGGAAGAUUGGAACAUUUCGAGAAGGAAAUGGAAGAUUAUCAUGUGAUAUUAGCAGAGUGGGAGAAGAAGAGAGAGGAGGAGCGGAGAAAGCUAAUGGUGGAAGAAGCUGAGAAGAAGGAAGAAGAUGGAAUGUGGGCAUCUAUGAAUAAACAUGGGCAAAAGCUUUUGGGAAGAUGGGUAUUAGGGCGGAGACAGAUGAAUGUAGAACCUGGAGUUGGUAAAUGGGUAUCGUAUCUUAACCGAGAGAGAAAAUUGGACUCAAUUGUCGGUUCUCGUCCUGCGGUACCACCAGCUCCAAAAGGAUUGUAUAUCUAUGGAAAUGUAGGAUGUGGCAAGACUAUGUUAAUGGAUAUGUUUUAUGGUGCUACUGAUGGGAUCAUUAGACAUAGACAACGGUUUCACUUUCAUGAGGCUAUGCUGAAGAUAAAUGAACAAAUGCACAAGUAUUGGAAGGAGAAUGGUGCCGAAAAGUCAUCACAAUAUAGCAUUUCGAGCUGGAUUAUGAAUCUUCCUGUUGAUGAAAAAGUUAAGGAAUGGCUAGCUGGAGAAGAAUUUUAUAAGCAGCAACUCCAAAUGAAACACAUUCUUCCAGCUGUGGCUGACAAGUUUCUCGUUGAUCAGCAAUCGAGUAAAAAAGGAGCCAGCAUCCUCUGCUUUGAUGAAAUUCAGACAGUUGAUGUAUUUGCUAUUGUGGCCUUAUCUGGAAUUAUGAGCAGAUUGUUGGCUACUGGAACUGUUCUUGUGGCCACCAGUAACCGAGCACCACGGGAGUUGAAUCAGGACGGAAUGCAGAAGGAGAUAUUUGACAAGUUUAUUUCUAAAUUGGAGAAACAUUGUGAGAUAAUCUCAAUUGGAAGUGAAGUAGAUUACCGCCGAGUUGCAGCCCAAAACUCAGUUGAAAAUGUUCACUACUUAUGGCCUUUAAAUAAUGCUGUUCUGGAAGAGUUCGAGAAAAUGUGGCGUCAGAUCACUGACCAGUACGGUGGAGAAAUAACCUCUGCGACUCUCCCAGUGAUGUUUGGAAGAACAGUGGAGGUUCCUCAAAGCUGUAAUGGAGUGGCAAGAUUCACAUUCGAGUAUCUUUGUGGUCGUCCUGUAGGUGCAGCAGAUUAUAUCGCAGUGGCCAAAAACUAUCAUACAAUCUUUAUAUCUGAUAUUCCAGCAAUGAGCAUGGAAAUACGUGACAAGGCACGUAGGUUUAUAACCCUUGUAGAUGAGCUAUACAACCACCAUUGUUGUCUUGUCUCAAGCGCGGAGACACCUAUCGAUGAGUUGUUUCAAGGAACUGCAGAGGGAACACUCUUUGACCUGGAAAGCUUCCAGUUUGAGACAGAGACGGAAGAUUCAAGAUUAAGGCGAGAUGUGCUUGCAGAAGGUAGCAUAAGUGCAGCUGGAUCGCCUUCUUCGAUUGUAUCAAUGCUUUCUGGCGAAGAGGAGAUGUUUGCAUUUGCUCGGGCUGCGUCGCGGUUGAUUGAAAUGCAGACUCCGUUGUAUCUUGAAGGAGUUCGUUUCUUGCAUCCUUAUUUCCAUCAGCAAAAAAAUGACCAACCAAAGGUUUGGUCUUUUACCUAAAUUACCUUUAUACUAAGGCGAAUCAUGAAUAAAAAUGUUAUUUUGCUUUUGAUGUUCUAUCACAAAAACGUCUGCACUGUGAGUAACUUUCUUAGUUUUCUGAAGUUUAGACUUUAGACUAAUCAAUCUUUCAAGUAGAU